CGGCAGCACGCGGGAGGGGCGGUGCCACGUACGUCUCCCGGAAGAGACGGAGUCCGCCAGGGCUCAAAAUUGGCUGACGCUCGCGCAGUUGCACUUCCUUUCCUGUAUCCGGUUCUUUCCUUCAGACUCUUAGCAGAGCAUUAGACGUACUAUAGCGCGAAGAGAGGCUCUGUGCGACCCAAUAACACGCCGUAGCAGUUUCAAAGCUCGGAAAUCUAAAAUGGCAGAGCAGCUUUCUCCAGGAAAGUCAGCAGACCAGGUGUGCACCUUCCUCUUUAAAAAGCCUAGGCGGAAAGGGGCUGCGGGCCGCCGAAAGCGCCGGGUCUGUGACCCGGAGCCAGGAGAAAGUAGCAGCAGCAGUGACGAAGGCAGCACUGUGAUCCGACCGGAGAAGAAACGAGCGACACACAAUCCAAUGAUCCAGAAGACGCGUGGCAGCGGUAAAACGAAGGCGUCCUACGGCGACUUGAGUAGCGAGGAGGAGGAGGACGAGAAAGAGCCCGAGAGCCUCGGCGUGGUCUACAAGUCCACCCGUUCGGCGAAACCCGUGGGGCCCGAAGAUAUGGGGGCGACAGCCGUCUAUGAGCUGGACACCGAGAAGGAGCGUGACGCACAAGCUAUUUUCGAGCGCAGUCAGAAAAUCCAGGAGGAGCUAAGAGGAAAGGAGGAUGACAAGAUCUAUCGGGGAAUCAAUAAUUACCAAAAGUACAUGAAGCCCAAGGAUACGUCUAUGGGCAAUGCUUCCUCCGGAAUGGUGAGGAAGGGCCCCAUCCGAGCGCCUGAGCAUCUCCGUGCCACCGUGCGCUGGGAUUACCAGCCCGACAUCUGUAAGGAUUACAAGGAGACUGGUUUCUGCGGCUUUGGAGACAGCUGCAAGUUCCUCCAUGACCGUUCAGAUUACAAGCACGGGUGGCAGAUCGAACGUGAGCUUGAUGAGGGUCGCUAUGGUGUCUAUGAGGAUGAAAACUACGAAGUAGGAAGCGAUGAUGAGGAAAUACCAUUCAAGUGUUUCAUCUGUCGCCAGACCUUCCAAAACCCAGUUGUCACCAAGUGCAGGCAUUAUUUCUGUGAGAGCUGUGCACUGCAGCAUUUCCGCACCACCCCGCGCUGCUAUGUCUGUGACCAGCAGACCAAUGGCGUCUUCAAUCCUGCAAAAGAAUUGAUUGCUAAACUGGGAAAGCAUCGAACUGCAGAGGGUGGUGCUUCUGAUUUCCCCGGAGACCCCAAUGAGGAUCCAAUUCCCAUUACUUAGGUUUUCCAUAAUUCUCAAAUCUCAAAAUAAAUAUUUUGUUGUUCUUUUG